GUUCAGCCUCUGAUGAGCCGCGACCAGACCUCCAACCAAACCACAGCUUUGCGAGCAGCUUUGAGGAAAUCCUAGCCAUUUAACAAUAAUCGUGCCAGUAUCCCUCACUCUUAAUUUUUUGAAAAUAUCCUUCUAUCUCUUCCUUUUUUGAAUCUCUUGCCGUGCAAUAGCAGUACGGAAAUCCGCCUAAAAUGAAGCUUGUCCGCUUUUUGAUGAAAUGCGCCAACGAGACCGUGACGAUCGAGUUGAAGAAUGGAACAAUUCUUCACGGCACCAUCACCUCCGUCUCGCCGCAAAUGAACACCGCCCUGCGCACCGUCAAGAUGACACCCAAGGGCCGCGACCCCAUCUCCCUCGACACGAUUAACAUCCGUGGUUCUACGAUCCGGUACUACAUCCUCCCCGACAGUUUGCCACUGGAUACUCUCCUCGUCGACGACCAGCCGAAGCCCAAGAACAAGGCGCGCAAGGAAGCAGACCGUGGUGGUCGCGGCGGUGGCCGUGGUAUGGGACGGGGUGGCCCCAGAGGUCGUGGUCGCGGACGGGGACGGGGUAGGGGAUUCUAAGCUUGGGUUGAAAGCUGAGGUUUAAAGGGUUUCAUUUUUUGUUUUCUUAUCUCAUUUCUAUCGAAAGGAGUUCUUGUUUUGGGGCCUGUUUCGUUUGUUUCUUCGCUUGUGCGAUGGGCAAAAGAUAUAAUCUCAUUCUUUUUCAUUACAGUCGUUGAGAUGAGAAUGCUCGGACGAAGCUGAGGAUUGAGUUCACCCUGUCAAGGGAGCGUGGAUAAUCCCGAGAGCAAGGCAUCGUGUCUGCAUCGAUGAGUUGGAGAGUGUGACGCAGUCGGCUCUGGAAUCAACGGGAGAGGAUACUCUCCAGCUGAAAAGUAUCUAAACCACUACACCGUCCGACGGUACCAAGAUAUCCAAGAAUAUAAUCCAACAGAAAGCUACCUAACUACUCACUCCUCCAUACU